AUGGCGGAGGGGGGAAAUGUGGAGUUUCACUUCUGUGUCAGCGUCAACGGCGAUGUCACCUCCCGCACCUAUGGCCACCCGCCGCCUGCUGCUGGCCCACCUGGCCCCAGACGCUGCUGGGCAACCGCCAGGCUCUGGCCAGUGGCCUCCGCGCCCUGGUCCACCCCCGCGCUGCAGGAGCUGCGCCGCCGCCACCAGGGCCAGCAGAGGGUGGCCCGCUCCUUGCCCGUGGUGGUGGCCGCCGUGACAACCGUGGUGGCCGCCAGCACCAGCGCCCGCUUUCGCCGAGCCUGUCUGGGUGCCAUGCAGGUCGAGGACACCCCGGCGUUGGUGGCAGCCACCCGGCGGAGCUUGGCCGACGUCACCCGCGGGCGCCUGGUCCCCUGCGCCUCCUGUGACACCCGGCGGGGGUCCCUGAUGGAGGGUCCCCGAGCGCGGAGGGGACGCCGGGAGGAGGAGGAGGAGGAGGAGGAGGAGGACGCGUGUCCCCAGAGCAGCGAGGGGCAGGCGUGGUGGCAGGAGGCGGCCAACCAGUGGAUGGCCUGAGGGACGGCGACAGCCCAGUUCACCCAGUCCACCCAGUUUAAUCGGUCGCUGGCUGGUCCUGGCAGUGUCCCCCCCACCCCGGGGACUGGCAGCCCCGGCCCAGUUCCCCCAGUUGGUCCCGGUUCGCCCAGUUUGUCCCAGUUUGCCUCAUCGGACUCAGUUUUCACAGUUGGUCCCGGUUCUCCCAGUCAGGCCCAGUUCCCCCAGUUGGUAUUGGUUCCCCCCGUUGGUUCCAGUCCCCCCAGUCGGUCCCGGUUCCCCCAGUCGGUCCCAGUCAGUCCCAGUUCCCCCAGUCUGUUGUGGUUCUCCUACUCAGUCCCAGUCCCCCCAGUUGGUCCCAAUCCCCCCAGUCAAUCCCAGUGCCCCCCAGUCUGUCCCAGUGCCCCAGUCAGUCCCAGUCUCUCCAGUCAGUCCCAGUACCCCCCAGUCAGUCCCAGUCCCUCCAGUCAGUCCCAGUACCCCCCAGUCAGUCCCAGUCCCUCCA